AUGAAGAGUUGUGAUUUAUGUAAAAAUGGAUCAAGAAAAAUGAUGAAAGAAUAUUUGCAGGAGAAGUACUUUGAAGCAUUUAAUUUCUACUUUGCCAAACCUAUCAACGAAAUCAUAGCAUAGAUCCCACACGCCUCGCAUGUAAUAUAUUUUAAGGAUUAUGUAAUCUUAGAUGAACAGAUGGAAUAUUUGAAAAGGUAUGUGGUGUUUGUAAUGUUAUAUUACAAGAUUCUACAAUAAAGAAGAGAUUAAACCACGUAUUGAUAUUCUUACAGAAUUCUAUACUCAAAAUUAUAAACAUAUCCAUCCAAAUUUGAGUGUGACUGAUGCACAUAAGAUUAUGAAUAAAAGAAACAAUAGAUAUGAUAAAUUGUUUUAUUAAAAGGAUCGUGAAUAAAGUCAAUAACAAGGAAUAAGUAGGUAAGUAUUGAAUUCAAAAUUGACAGAGAAUAUCAGUUUCGAAACUCAAGAACAUGACAUUUAUGAAGAAGCCACUUAAGUAACUAGUAAAUAAGGUUUUGAUUUAAGAGGAUUACAGAUUAUUAAAAAUCUUUAACAAUUAAAUCAAUCAGAAUAAUCUGAUAUUACUUUGAAAGAUUGUAUUGUCUAAGUCAAUCAAUUAUAUGCUAAACAUAAGAAGUAAUCUACUUAUUCUAAGAGUAUCAAACAACUCAAAUAACCAGAAAGCUGUAAGAAAGGUAUAAUAAUGUCUAUUAUAGGUAUUAAUUCUAAAAGUGAAUCUAGAAUUUCAUCGAAUAUUAAAUCUAAUAAGGAGGAAGUACCUUUAGAAUUGGGAAAAGGGAUUGAAUAAUUCAAUGAUUUUGAUGCUAAACCUAAAUUGACAAGAAUGUAGAGUGAUUCAUAAACGAUAUAGAGAAUGCUUAAGGAAUAUUAGAAGAUGAAAUAAUUGAGAAGUGCUGUAUCUUCUGAUUAGUUACCCAUGAGUACUUCUGUUUAAGGAUUUUAAGGUUAAUAAAAAAGUAUUAGAUAAGAUCAUAAUAAUAAUAAUGGGAGUAUGCAUAGUAGUACAUCAACUAAACAAGAAGCACUUAAAAAAGUAUAUUAACCUUUGCCAAAGAAAAUUACAACUAAUUAAAUUGAUAAAAUUGCCAAGGGAGGUUGUUUAACAGAUAGAACUUAUAAAAGACCUCCUCCAAUUUCUGAGGAUCUUAUGCUUAAGAUACAUGAUUAAAUAAAGGGAUUGAAUACUGUAGAUAGUAAAUAGAAAGUUGAAUUUAAAUAUAUGAUUCCAUCAUAGUAUAAUUCAUAAUAAAAUCAAAAAUUAGUAAGUAAUAAAGCUAAAUCAUCCAAUUCCAAAAAGAUAAUCAGUGAAAUGGGAACAAAAUCAUAACAUAUCAAUAAAUAAACAACAUAGAAAACAGAUGAAAUUGUUAAGAAAUACAUUUAAUUUGCAUAAUAAACACUUAAGAAAAAGUUUGAUUUUAAAUUAAACUUAUAAGGAUUAAAUGAAGAACCUUAAGAGGAUGAAGUUUGUAAUAUAUAUAUAUUAUAAUCUAUUAAGCUAGUAAGCGAAACAAUUUUUUUACUGAAAGGCAUAGUCAAGUUUAAGAUAGAGAACAAUUCAAUUCUCAUCGAAAAAUCUUAUAAAAAUGA